AUGUCGCAACUCCCGCGGCGAGGCAGUGAUGAAAGCUCUGCGAAAGCUCUGCCCUUCUCUGUGAACGGCCUCAUUCCAAGGGAUUACUUAGCGCGAUCAGAUCGCCCUAUGCCUGCUGGUCGUCAGAUUACCCCGUCGCCAUUGCAUACGAGCUCCCUAUCUCAAUCGAACCGCGUUGACGGCUCAACAUCAUCCCCGAGUCCUUUGUCCGCAGGAUCCAGCGCCAACCCAUCCCCUUAUAAGCCCCAGUCGCCAAUCGCCCGAGUGGCCAAUGCAGCAUUCCCCGCGCCACCCUCCGGCACUGGUCAUAGCUUGUCGCAGUCGCCAGAGAUGGUAGACGCAGAAUCUACCGACAGAAACAAACUGCACGAAAACACGUCCUCCAAGUCCCGCGUGCCAGAGACCGACAGAUCUGCAUCGUCGUCGGUCAGCUCUAUACACUCCAUGCCGGGGGACCGCCCACUCCAUCGCGUCAUGCCGCGUACUUCGUCUAUCGACUCCGCCAUCUCCUCCCUGUCUUCCACCUCCCAAAGAUCAACAUUCGACGUGAACUCGUUGAGCCCGGCCGAUAUCAGCAAUCUCAUCAACGCUGCUGGGUCGGCCGAGGCUGUGAUCGUGCACCUGUUGAAAGAGAAACAUCAGGCAGCCUCCCAGAAUUCGCAAUUGUGGAAACUAGUAGACAAACAGAGGACAUUGAUUCUCGGUUUGAACAAAGAUCUCGAACGCUCUUUGCAAGAGAAGGACAAAUACAAAAAAAGGCUCAAAGAUUUGCAAGAAGCUCCUCCGCGGGCAGUUGCUGGGACUUUCGACGGACCUGACGAUGACAAGGGAGAGAGGACGCAGGCGCCCGAUCGACCAUCCAUAAUCCCCCCAGACCUCUCACGGCAAGGGCUUGACACCACUGCUAGCCCGACCUCCGUCUCUGAUGUCGCGUCCCCCACUGGAGAGGGCAAGAGCAAAUUUCCACACCCAAACCGAAAAGCUCCACCCGCGCCUCUCAAUCUUCGUCAAGCCGAACCAAAGCAAGUAGUGCAUUCAGCAUCCGACUCUGGCUCGGACUAUGGCGACGAAUCAGGUGGAGCCCCGAGCGUGGACCGAGGAAGGCGAAAGACGAGAGAGCAGGAUGACAAGGACCGGGAAAUUGCCCUGCGGAAGGGAGUGUCUGGCUCUCAGCCAACAGCCAAUGCAGCUACUUCUCAAGGCCCGCAGGAUGUAGCGGGCUCUGCUAGCCCAGACAUAAUUCCGCGUGAGCUCUCUUCAAGAUCCCCGCCGAACGUCGGUGGCUCUAACUCCCUGGGUUCCAUGUUAAAUUCUCGGGCCCCGCCUCCAUCGUUCAACGGGCGUUCUGUCGCCGCGAUGCCUAUGAGCCCCGGUCUUCCCAUGAGCCCGCGGCCAGAGGAUCGGCCCAUUAACUCUCCAUUGCCUCGCAUGCCUCGAGAGAUGGCCGGUGGCCCACCAGCCGGUCAUCAGACGUCUGGAUUACCACUCUCUCCGAGAAUUGCCAACAACGCCAUGGGAUUCGCCCCUCCCCCUCCAAAUGGAAGAACCAACGGACCCAUUCCAUCGAUUGACCCGGACGUCAUGAUAGACAGUCCAAGGUCGGCACACUUCGCGAACAACGGAAUUUACCAAGGCCUGAUAUCAGAGGAGUAUCCGGGUCUGCUUCUGUCCCCAAAUGCCCUUCCCUUGAUUCAGGUCAAAGUGUCUUCCUCGCGGCUCCGGCCGUCUAGGAAUAGUUACAUGGCGCCCAGGCCGCAAGAAGAAGAGCCGGUCUUCACUCUCAGCGUGAUCUCUCGGCAUGAGAUGUCGGAGCUCUGGCGAGUUGAAAAGGUGAUCGGGUCUCUCCCUCAACUAGAUCACAAGAUGAGACAAACUUCUUCUUUCACUGGAAGACUACCUGACAGGAACAUCUUCAACGGGCAUUCGCCUGCCAAGGUCGAUUUGAGGCGCGCUGCGCUGAAUGCAUACUUUGACAGUAUUCUGGACACCCCAAUGGACGAGAGCGCGGCUCUCGCCAUUUGUCAAUUCCUGACUAAUGAUGCUAUCGAGGCCCGGGAUGAUGAGACUAAUCUGCUCAAGGGUCUCGCCCAAGCAAAACCCGAUGUCUCUCGCGGGCCUGACGGGAAGCCUCAGAAGCAAGGAUACUUGACCAAGCGAGGGAAAAGCUUUGGUGGAUGGAAAGAAAGAUAUUUCGUCCUGGAUGGGCCUGAGCUGAAAUACUUCGAAUCUCCGGGUGGCCAGCACAUGGGUACCAUCAAGCUUCAUCAUGCUCAGAUCGGAAAACAAUCCACCAAGGCAGCUGAUAAUUCUGCUUCAUCUCCAAGUGGCGAAGAUGAUACUGACAAUCAGUACCGCCAUGCAUUUUUAAUUUUGGAACCCAAGAAAAAGGAUUCGUCCGCACUCGUCCGUCAUGUCCUCUGCUCAGAGAGUGACGAUGAGCGUGAUACCUGGGUCGAUGCACUGAUGGAAUAUGUUGAGAAUACUUCUUCCGAAAACGAAGGUCAGGGAAGUGUAUCCUCAAAGGGUCAAUCUCAACCCCAAGAACAUCAGCAAAAGCAGAGUUCGAACGAGACCAAAACAAAGCUGUUCAGCGGCGGAAGCAAGAAAUCUGGUCGGAGCGUCGAUAGUCCUGACCAAGAUCAAGGUAACUCGGUCCAAGGCUUUAGCUUUGACGACGCAGUGCCAGCCGAUCCCCCGAUGAUGGGAUCCUCCCUUGAGCAAGCGCCCCGAUCUCCAAAGUUGCCCGGGGCUCUGUCAACCGAGUUCAGAGAAAUGAACAUGUCUUCUCCUGAUCACCCAAUGCAGUCGCCCAGGCUGAUCUCCCGUCCCACCAAUGGCGCAGUCAUCCAGGACCUGGAGGCGUGGGGUAACAAAGCUAAGACAUCAACCAAAGAGAAAAAGCGUAGCAUCUGGGGGUUCCGCACCAGAUCGUCCUUUGAUCUUGCCGCGCAAGCUCAGGCCAGCAGCGACGCAUUAACAACCAACACCGUCGAAAGAACAGGACCCGUCAGACCUGUAUUUGGCAUACCCUUGGCAGAGGCCGUUCAAGACUGUUCGCCGCCGGGUAUUGACGUGGAGCUCCCAGCAGUGGUUUACCGCUGUAUUGAAUAUCUCCAUGCCAAGGAAGCAGCUCUGGAGGAAGGGAUUUUCCGUCUGAGCGGUUCAAACGUGGUGAUCAAGGCGCUCAAGGAACGAUUCAACACCGAGGGCGACGUGGAUUUUGUAUCCGGUGAUCAGUACUACGACAUCCAUGCCGUCGCCUCUCUUUUCAAGCAAUACCUUCGAGAGCUUCCCACCACCGUGUUGACUCGGGAACUACACUUGGACUUCCUUCGCGUCCUCGAGCUCGACGACCGUCAGAAGAAGGUCGCUGCCUUCAACUCUUUGGUGCAUAAGCUGCCUAGCCCCAACUUGUCGCUGCUGCGAGCUCUUUCACAGUUCUUGAUUGAGAUCGUUGAGAAUUCCGAAGUGAACAAGAUGACGGUUCGGAAUGUGGGCAUCGUGUUUGCCCCAACCCUCAACAUCCCCGCGCCGGUCUUCUCAAUGUUCCUCACGGACUAUGACAGCAUCUUUGGAGAUAAUGACAAAACCCUUGGCUCCACGACAAAGGAACUGACCGUGGACCAUUCCUUGUCACCCGAUGACAUUCGUUCCCCUCGUCACCAGAUGUUCUCCGAUAUUCCUACGCCUUCAUAUCAUCAGACUUCGUUCCGGGGACCGGACCAGGCGAACGCUCCGUCUGACGGCCCCAGCACGCCCUACAACACUGGCUUCAUCCCGAUGCAGCCCAGUUAUGAUCAAUCCACGUUUAGAAAUGAACAACACAGUCAAUCUUCUGGGGCCUCUGCCCCGUAUUCCUCCUUGAAUGGCAUGCUGUUGCCCAAUGAUUCCGAGGACACUCGAUCCGCGAAAACGAAGCGACGAGAAAGCUCGAUGCUCUUUAUGGAUGAUUCUUCUUUCUACCAGGGCAAGUGA